CUGGCACAUAAAUAAUUAUUUCUUAGGCACUUAAAACUGGAGCAACCUUGAUUACUAUCUCAAAACGCUGCCUCACAUUCAGUAGAUCUUCAGCGGCGAAAGACUAAAGACGCUCUGAGAAGCCAGCUCCGGUUUCCUAUCUCCAUACAACAAAAUUCACGUUUGCAUUGAAGUUUGCCUAAGGAUACUUGUCCAAUGAUACGGAAGUUCAUCACAGACGACGUCUGUUUGAAAUAAUAACGCCAGAUUUUUGCAGCAUUUUUCAAAGAUUGCAGGAAUAAAGUCCCAACGGACAAUAUUUGGGGCGGCGGGCAGAGCCGCUGGGGCUGCGCGGCGCCGCCAUGACGAAGGGCCAGGAGCUGGCGGUCGUCACCGAGGAGCUGCUCCACGGGAAGCCGAAGCAGAGCUUCGGCUCGCAGCCGCUGCAGCCGCAGCCGCUGCAGGGCCUCGGCCGACAGAUGUUCGCGUCGGUGGCGGUGGCGUUGGGCUCGAUGCUCGUGGGCUUCUCUUCCGCCUACACGUCGCCCGCGCUCGUGUCCAUGGCGGAGCCCAACAGCACGCUCUCAGUCACCCCGUCGCAGGGCUCGUGGGUGGGCAGCCUGAUGCCGGCAGCGGCGCUGUUCGGAGGGAUGGCGGGCGGUUUCCUCAUCGAGUGGCUGGGCCGCAAGACUACCAUCCUCGCCACCGCGCCGCCGUCCGCCAUUGCGUGGCUUCUCAUCUUCGGCGCGAGCAACGUGGGCAUGCUGUACGCGGGCCGCAUCCUCUCGGGCUUCUGCGUGGGCGUCACGUCCCUCAGCCUGCCCGUCUACAUGGGCGAGACCAUUCAGCCCGAGGUGCGAGGCAUGCUUGGCCUCAUCUCCACAACACUAGGCAACAUCGGCAUUCUGCUGUGCUUCGUCCUGGGCAAGUUCCUCGACUGGCGCUACCUGGCCAUGAUGGGCGCGCUGUGCUCGCUGCCGUACGGGCUCUGCACCAUGUUCGCCCCCGAAACGCCGCACUGGUACCUCUCCAAAGGGCGGCGGGGCGACGCGGAGACGGCGCUGCGCUGGCUGCGCGGCGGCGCGGGCGCCGACGUGGCGCAGGAGCUGCGCGCCACCGAGCAGGGCCUGGGCAAGGGCGCCGAGGCCGCCAUCGGCCUGCCGCGCAGCGUCACCAGCAUCAACCUGCAGGCGCAGGCCGCGCCCUCCGACAAGAGCGGCCUGGCGCUGCUCUUCACGCGCGACAACAUGCGGCCCGUCGGCGUCGCGCUGGGCCUCAUGCUCUUCCAGCAGUUCAGCGGCAUCAACGCCGUCAUCUUCUACACGGUCAAGAUCUUCCAGGACGCGGGCAGCACCAUUGACGAGUUCGUGAGCACGAUGGUGGUGGGCGCGGUGAACCUGGGCGCCGUGGUGCUGGCGACGGCGCUCAUCGACCGCCUGGGGCGGCGGGUGCUGCUGGCGGCGUCGGCGGCCGCCAUGGCGCUGGCGCUCGCCACGCUGGGCACCUUCUUCUACCUCAGCACCUGCCCCGACGUCGACGUCAGCGGCUUCGGCUGGCUGCCGCUGGUCAGCUUCGUCAUCUUCGUGGUGGGCUUCUCCGUGGGCUUCGGGCCCAUCCCCUGGCUCAUGAUGGGCGAAAUUUUACCACCGGACAUCCGCGGGCCGGCGGCGUCGCUGGCGACGGCCGUCAACUGGUCGUGCACGUUCAUGGUGACGAAGAUGUUCGCGGACGUGGUGGAGGGCGUGGGCAGCCACGCGGCCUUCUGGGGCUUCUGCGCCGUGUGCGUGGGCGCCUUCGUGUUCGUGUGGGCGUGCGUGCCCGAGACGCGCGGCCGCACGCUCGCAGACAUCCAGCGGCGCAUGGCCGGGCGGCCGGCCCCGCAGCGCAAGCGCCGCCUCACCGUCAGCGAGUCGGUGGCCGGCUGGACCGCCUCCAUGGCCUCCCUCAAGCCCAUGCCCACCGGCGCCUGAGCAGUGGCAACUAAUGGAUUCCACAAAAUACCCAGCUCCGAGUAAACGUUUACCUCGAAAAUUGUUUUAGGAAAAAUUAAACAAGCAUUUGUAUCAUUCCGUGACUAACCACAUUUAUUUGACAAAACAUACUUUUCUUUAUAGUAGAGACUGGAAGAUACAGAAGAUGUCACAGAGAUAAUGAGAGCUACUUCCGACAAUCUUUCUGCAAUCGACUUCAAGAUGAGAAUCCUGUUACCAUAUUUCAGGAUGAUUGUGUAAUAAAAAUAACAUUUUUUGUGAAAGCAGUAGUCUUCCAAGAAUGUUAGCUGAGCUCUUCACCAUAUCAACUAUUUGUAUAUAUUUAUUAAGUAUUUAUAUGCGUAGAUAUAAAAUAUACAAUGCCGGGUGUCUUUCACAAAAACUUUUAAUUCAUUUAUUUAGUUGGUUUUUUGAGUAUGUGAAUGUAGUGAAGUAUGGUUAGUGAGUAAAUAAAUAGUUUAUUUUCGUACAUAAAAAGUUUUCGUUCUAUCUCCAUUACACAAUUUAGACCAAUUAUUACAAAUGUCCAAAGGUUAAUAUUUUGCACAAAUGUCAAAAUGCAUCAUGAAAUUUGAUCCAGCAGACACGAAUUUCUAAUCGAUUUUGGUUUAACACAAAUACGUUACUCACAUUAUCACAAUACGGAGUGAUACGCUUUAUUUCACAAAUUACCUAACGUACAAAAUAAAUUAAGGCGAUGAAAUAUUCAUUUUACUGAUGGAUCCUAGAAUUUUAAUCUCUCACUCAAAAACCGCAGGUAUACGUCGACAUGUUCACGAUCUUUAUAAUUUUGGAAAUUUGCAAUCAGUCUCCCUUUUGCCGUCGAUUGAUUUGGUAGGUCUUAAUUGACUGGUGUACUCGUGCACACCCUCUCAACAUCUGAAUGAUCAGGUCUUUGAUCUCUGUUUAGAUGAUCAAAUGUUUCCACAUGGAGGUAUGAUGAGAAAUGAUUAUUUUCUGAAACCUGAAUUUAAAUCUGAUAUUCUUAUUUGACCUCCUGUGCAUACAUAUUAGAUCUUUGGUGUAUACCUAUUAGGUUUCCUGAAUACUAAUUACAUCUGUGCAAUCGGACCUAAUUUUAGAUCUCUUCUCUUAUUGGACCUUCUGUCACUAGACUACUGCACAAUAGACUCCUGUUACAUUGGACCUUCAGAGUAUUAGAUCUGUUCAUGGACCUGGCACCUUAGUCACACCACUUGCGCGUUUCUAAUGUUUAUAUGGAAAUAACGAAAAGCUUUCCUGAAGAUGUGCAGCAAGAAUACUGAGUCGCUCACACAGGCGCAGGAUUGGAUCUUUCAGCGAACCUGCACGAAGGACAGGGCGGCGAUAUGCAUUGUAAACCACCCUCGCAUCAUCUGCUUUAUCCACUGUGAUUGGGUUGGGAUUGGGACGUUGAUUUUUGUAGCCGUUGCGAAGAAAUAAUGACGGGGAAAAUUACGUCUUUCAUUGACAAACCGACAUUUGGCCAUAUUUUGGAUGCACCGGUAAUUCACUGGACUCCGAACGCACAGAGACAUAUUUUUAUUGGGGUGAAGACGGGGUGACGGGUCGUGGCAACAUCAAAAUUCGGCAAUUCACAAUUCGAUUUUCGGGCCAAGCAAUCAAAUAUUCCAAUAGUAGUUAGAGUCGACAACGAAAUUUGACAAUGUGUGGCUUUCGGUUGCAGUACUUGAACAUAACAUUAGAAUGCGAGUUCGCCAAGAACUCUUAUCUCGUGAUGCUAUACUUGGAAUUCACUUCGCGACCAGUGCCACUUGCUUUUCAUUAGUGGCGUUAUUUCGCUCGGUAGCUACGCCAGUGACUCGCAGUAAAUUUCGAAAUAUUGGCGUCAGAAAUUUAGUGAUCACCUAAUUGCCAUUUUACUUUAUUCGCUCACAAGGACUGAUCCUGGGUGAGCAACUUCCGCAGCUGAAAGGAAGCGCUCAACAACUGAAGGAUCUAGG